AUGUCAGCGGCACUAUAUACCACACCGUGGCCACCCCACCCGGACGCUGUAUACAGACCAUUGCCCCCGGGUACGGCGGGGAUGAGCAGGUCAGAUCCCGGGCAGACGAGCACAGCUGGAUAUUCUCCUUCUAUAUACCCGCCUACGUCGACACCGGCGAUGUCAGCGGCACUACAUACUACACCGUGGCCACACCACCUGGACGCCGUUUAUAGACCAUUGCCCCCGGGUGCGGCGGGGAUGAGCAGGUCAGAUCCCGGCCAGACGAGCUCAGCUGGAUAUUCUCCUUCUCCAUUCACGACGUUAUCGCAGUUGGGGCUGACCUCACCGGGCCAUGUUGAUCGAUGGUGGGCGCGAGACUGUCAUGAUCUGAGCAGAUUUCCGUUGUACUAUCCAUACCCCCUUCCACCACCUAUGCCAGUCAUUCCUGAUAGUGAGACUCAGGAUGACAGAUUCCCGCUGUCACAGCGGGGGGGGAUGCCUAUGCCGGCUAUGCGGUCGGGACAGCUGUCGUCACCGGCUGGGGGCCAGGGCCCGGCACCUGGGGAGAGCCAGAUGCAUGUUUAUGGACAGAGCCAGUUGCCGCUUCCUGGGGAGAGUCAGGACCCAGAUGUAGGGGAGAGCCAGCUGCCCCACGAGGGGGAUGAUGUGAUGUUGGGGCUUGAUCAGUUAGCACAUGAUGUCCCCCAGGAUAUGCCUUCGGAUGACGAUCAUGAUGAUGAGCAUCACCCAGAAGAUCAGGCAGGCGAGGAGCAUGCUGGUGACCCAGCGACCGAGCACAUAGCGUUCGACCAUAUUCGGCUGAUGGGGUAUAACCCAGACGGGAGCAUAUAUUUUGAGGUGAUUAAGGACCCUGAGAGAAAUUGGGUGCUCCCGAGGGGUAAGAAAGUUGUGUUGCAGUACAAUGCUGCAACACAACCAGUGGGACGAGCAUGCAAUCGUUAUAGACGGGCUGCGGGCAAGCUGUUACGGAGCGGGUCCCAUAUUCACUUGCGGGACAAAUGGGGAAAGGUAGAUAAACAGGUUAAGCAGGCUAUGUGGGAUGCCAUAAUGCAAGAAUUUUAUGUACCCGUAUCCGUCGACCAGCGCCUGUUCAUUCAAAUCAUAACACAUAAGUAA